CUUGCAGAGAGUACUCCGGUACACCACCAGCAACAAUCCUUUAUAUUUUCCUUCGUUUACAACUAAAUAUUUUUCUUUCUCUCGUGUAUACAAGAGAGAAGGGAGACGACACCGGUGAUCUUGAAUGGCCUCUCAGUGUCUCCCUGUCAUAUUACUGAUCAACAGAGGGGGGGAUGAGGGUCACACACGUCACUGACCUGCCAGAAUUUAUUCUUUCGGGGGUUGUACUAUUUGGGGACCACUUAUACUUUUGAUUUACUCUGUCUAUUAUAUCGUAGUUGAUAUAUAUAUUUUUUUUCUUAAAAUCAUAAACGAGGAAUUGACUCCGGGAAAAGCAUUCGGUGUGUUGUGUGAUGCUGUGAAGGUUCUGGUUCUAUUGUUCGAUCAUCUGGCAGGAAUUGAGGUUUUUUUUUUUUUUUGAGGGACAGCGAGGAGGGAAAAUUCAGCUCGUGAUUAACAGAAGAAUCUAUCUUGCCGGAAUUGUGGACAUGGUGAGGGGGCAUGUUGGUGUACUGGCGGUUGCUGAUCGCAGCCGCACUAGCGGCAUUAUCAUCAGUCAUAAGUACCUCAGCCUCUGCUAGCUUUCAAGAUACCUCUGGGUACUCGAUCUACCCGGAUUUCACAGUGUACUCGGGUGCAACGGCAGUUACUGGUACAUCAACAACUGUUGUAUCAACAACAAUCGGAUGUCGUCCAUCCGAGUAUCGGUGCGACGACGGACGCUGUGUCGCACAAGACAAAUUUUGCGACGGCGAGGACGACUGCGCCGACAAAUCUGACGAGCCGAGAUACUGCACACCCUGCAAUAGGACAUUGUAUGGUGACGUCGGAAGGACGUACGAGGUGGAAGUCAGACGUCCCCGCGAGGACAGACUGCCAUUCCUUUGCUACUUGAAUUUCACAGCUGCUGGAGGUGAUCUUGGGGAUUUAGUUCAGCUAACAUUCGAUACAUUCACCGUCGGAAGAUUUCUCUCAUUCACAAGUGAAGGAUGUCCCGAUGGUUUCAUGACAAUUCGCGAGAGAGGAAGACCGGCAACUGGUGGCCAGUGGUGCGGAAGUGCUUGGGGAUACACAGUAUACUACAGUGAAACACCUUCCAUCAAUCUCACCUUAUUUCUCGCCAGAUUAUCUGAACAGGGUAUCGGAUACAAUUUUGACUUCAAGCUGUCAUACAAAUUUCUCAAGCGCAGUGAAGCACAUUUACGAUACGGAAACAGCACAAUGGCAACGUGGCGUGGUGAUUUGGUAAACGGUACGUAUUGCGACCGAGUACUAACCAGAUGUGACACAAGAGCUUGUCGUCUUCAAUCACCGAAUUAUCCUGGCGUUUAUCCACGUAAUGUUACUUGCUACUAUCGAGUUGAGCAUAAUCGUGCACCACCUGGUCAUCGUGCAUUGCUGGCCGUUAGUCAGCGGAAUAGCCAUAAGAUACACAUCAAGGAUCAGAUUGUCAAGUAUGACAGAAGCCAGAGGAUUCUCAGGGUGUGGGAUCAGUGUAACGUUGUUCAAGAUUAUCUCACAGUUUACGACGGUGGCUCAACAACGGACCGAGUCCUAGUAAGAUUAUGCGGUGGUGAUGCUGUACCCGACAUAGUAAGCAGUCGUAACACAAUGCUCCUUGAAUUCCACACAUCUCCCUACGACAAUCCAUUUCACCCAGUGCCCCUGUCAUUUCUUCCUGGUUUUGAGCUCGAGGUCCAAGUAUUAUUCGUCGACGAAAAGUCCCGUACGUUUGUCAAAGAAAAUGCCAACUGUGACUUUCACAUAACGAGUUACGAGAGUCAAUCUGGAAUUCUCGAAAAUCCAAAGCACUCACUUCCACCAAAUACAACGUGUCGUUACCACUUUCAAGGUAAACCCAACGAAAUAGUGUGGAUAUCAUUUAUAAAAUAUUAUGCAGCAAGCACAGAUCCAGCUGCAAGUAUUGAUACAGGAAACGAGUGCAAUACGAAAUUAUUAAUUUGGGAUGGAAAUCCCACAAGAGCAUCGGACACGAACAAGAAGCACUCGCGAAAGGCAAGAUUAAUGGGCCAAUUUUGUAAGGACGACGUUCCCCUAUUGUGCGACCACACACUCCUCAGGAAUAGCAGUAGACACACGAGACCCUGCAGUCCCUCCGAAAGCUACGUAUCCACAUCCAGAGAUUUAACCCUGGAACACAUACUUCGCCAGGGGAGUGCUCUCUACCCAAUCUCCUUCGUUCUUCGUUACGAAUUCGUUCAUGACUCAAUGUCCUGUCACCUAGUAUUCUCAGCCUCUUCCACACCCACACCCCAGUCACCAGGCCAAUCACCCCAGUCCAAAAAAUCCUCAAUCUCUGGUAAAUUCACAUCACCAAAGAGUGUAUUUUUCUAUGGACGCGGAGGCGCUCAGAAUCUCAGCUGUGUCUACAGAUUCGAGGCUGAACCUAAUCAACGAAUUGAGAUAACUAUAUCGAGGGCUUCAUUCGGCGAUAAAGUCUGCAUGUCCUACGUGAAUCCACUGGUGAAUCGAUGGGCAUGCGACAGGAGAACUGCUGAUGAAACUAAAAAAGGAUAUGCUGAGCUUGUUGUAUCUGAAUAUCCGUGGAGUGGUGUUAAACUUUAUCGGGAUUGCUUGUGCUCAAAUGUCACUGAGAGUGGAAUAGCCCUGACAUCAUUGACAUCAAGUGUUGUUGAGCUCAAAUUUACCGUCACUAGGAUGAAUGUCACUCAGGAUUACGAUGAUUUUUUUUUCGAGGGUGAGUAUCAGUUCGUGGAUAGCAGCGAGGCAAGUGAGCAGAGCUGUCCCUCGAGUUUUCAGGAGAGAAGACUCGGUGGUACCAGCGGUGAAAUAUCAUUGAGGAGUCCGAUGUCAUCCAAAUUGGAGAAUGACGAUGUUAUGAUUGAUGUGGCAGCUAUUGAAGAAGUUCUUCAACGGGCGCACAGCGAUAAUUCCGAGGAUGUAGCAUCGACACAAUGUGUCAAUGAGCCAUGGCUCAUUGAGCCCGAGGAUCCAAGAAUUCAUUUCAUCUAUCUGAGGACAACUGGAUUCACUAUUAAUGAGGACAAUGUCGAGGAUUGUACAACGUUAAAUCGCAUUAUUGUGUAUUCUGCUGGUAAUACGAGAGAGAGGAGUGUUAUUUGUCCGGAGAGUGGAACACACGUUGGGAGGAAGAUCAAGACUGUGGAUUUUUUCUCGGGGGGGUGGAAUUACUCGAGUGUUGCCAAUGCCAGUGGAAUUGGUGCGAUGAUGCAGCAUGCCAGGAGCUUUGUGGUCGAGUUUCUCCAGAGAGAGCACGGCUCUUAUGCCGUUACCUGGAUUGCUAUCUCCAAGAGGGGUGUACUGCAGGGGGGAUCGGUAGGGGGUGUUGCUGCUGGUGCACCCCAUGAACAAUGCCCUUACAGAUGCCCUGAGAUCCAGGCAUGCAUAAGCUCAGUUCUGUGGUGCGAUGGUGUCCGUCACUGUCCAUCAGGCUUCGAUGAGGAGGAAGACAACUGUUCCUAUCGCUUUGGAGUUACUCUUCUUUACGUAGCAGUUGGUGCUGGUGCCCUGGGUAUUUUUCUCAUCCUCCUUCUAGCAACUGGCUGCCUGAAAUACUGCAUAUACCGUCACAAAACCCGCAAGAAGAAGAAGAACGUCGCGUUGAAUGUCAAUCAUCUUCAGGUGAAUCACACUCAUCAGCAUCCCCAUCAGCAUCCCCAUCAACACCACAAUAACGGUUUAACCGGCAGUAGAAUGGGCGGUCGAUACAGCAUCGGCACACCUCAAGACAUGUACGUGGAUAAUUACGGCAAGGACAGUAUUUGUUGACAAUACGCCAUAGCUGACAUAGAGACAACCGUUUGACAAGAACGGAAAUCGACGUUUCACCCUUGACAAUGUCACGUGAGAAUUUUUUUAUCAAUUUAUUAUAAUUAAUGGAUUGAGUAAUGAUCCAGUGAUGAUCACUCCUGCAGAGGGAAGAGCAAUAAAAUAUCUGUUAGCCCAACAACUGCUCAACUAUAAUUUGUACAAAUAAUGUACAAAAAAAUAUUACAAUUGUCAUGACGUGUGCGUGAUGAAAUGACUUCAUUUUUUUCACGUAUUUUAAUAAUUAUAGGUGAUUGUAAUGACGAGUAAGAUGCUAAAUUAUUCGCUCUUUUUUAUUGCAAAUGAGGUCCACAUUAUCGUGCCAAAUAGUCAUUGACGAGUGAUCAUUGUCAGCAUGAGACAAUUCUUUUUAUUUUACUCAUAAAGAUUUUUAGUAAUAAAAUCAAUAAAUAGAAUUAGACUCAGCUGGGCUGUAUGGUGUGGGAUGUGAGGGGCAAAAUUGUCCAAGGGGGCCUCGUAUUUUUGCCAAAGAUUAUCACGAGGAGAACGAGUACUGGCUCAACUGUGGCACAAGAAAAUUGAACUGCUCAAAUUGGGGUUCUUUUUGUGGGGAAAGUAACUAGGCUUUUUGCACAGUUUUUACAUUCGGGGGAAUUAUCUCGGGGAUCAGUGGAUUUUGCAAAUUGUCGAGGGACAGUUCUUGCGACAAAAUUUUCACAACCACGGAAAAUUGUCUCUUGACAUUCUAUCCUAAGACCAAUCGUAAUCGAGAUAAGGACGGUUGAAAGGAACUGUGUCACACGACAACGGAAACUGCUCAAAUUAAUUUUUUUUCCUUGGGAGUAGUGAAAAAAAAAUUGCUCUCGUUGUAAUCCAGUCUAUGAGACAACGAUAUUUCAUUCCGAGAGGUACGUGUCAUGUGUGGGAUCUUGUGGAUCCAUCAAUUCACGUCGUUUUAAUGAGGAAUUCUUGAAGUGGUGGAAGUUAACAACUAGACUCGUAUAAAAAUAGAGAUUAUCUCGAUAACGAUGGGUUCACCGGUUAAAUGUCCCUUGACAUUAUCGUGUAAAGCUCGUCUGUUCAGAGAUCAUUGCAAAAUCAUCACAACGUCUCGUCUCUUCAAUGCAUAAUUUUACAAGUGUCCCGCGUAACUCCAACACUAACAAUAAACUCAAUUACAGAAAUAGUUAAAUUUGAUAUUGCCAUUUGCGAAAGAGCCGGUGGUGGGGGCUUGACGAUUGAAUGAUAAUAGCAAUCAAUGUAUAGUAGUUGAUUAAAAUCUUUUGAUCUCUUGAGUAAUUUUUAUUUUUCUAUUAACACGUUUAUUGAAGAAACAAUAAUUGUAAAACUGUGCACUCAAUGAUAUCUUAUACAUACGAGACAUCCUUAUGCUGUGAUAGAAGUAAGCGUAUCAACAAUCCAAUUUAUCAUUUUUUUUAAUUUUCACAACUUUUAUUUCUUUUCGUACUCAUGUAGAUUUUUCUGCAUUCAUUAAUUUUCCAUUUGUGGAGACUUUUAAAUUGAAUUUCGUUGGGAUUAUAGUGCGUCAUUAUACGAAUAUGGAGAGAAUGCAACUCUGUGGCAACGAAUUUUUCAAGUUACGGGAAAAAUAUAUAAAGAAAAUAAUAAUGAAAUAAUGAGUGAGUGAAUUAAUUGGAGUGGAAAGGUGCACCGCUGAAUUUCACGAGAGCAUUUUAAGAAAUAGAGGAUCGAACACAAUGCAUGUAUGUACGUACACGUAGCACAAAUCGGCUCGCACAUGUAGUACG